GCCUGUAGGUGGAGGCUGGAGCCCUGUGGACCUGCAGAUGGGAGGAGGCUCUGAGGCUUUGUGUUUGGAGCGAAGGCUCAGCCGCGGUCAGCGUUUUCCCUGACCCGAUUCACGCUUCUUGGGUUCAGCCCGGACUUGUGCAAAGACAUACAACUGCGGAGUAUCUUUUUCAGAGAGGAGGCGACACAGUGAAGGAAACCAACCAGAGAAGAGAUAUCCAGUGAUGAUCUGCUACAUUGAAAGCAAUCCAAUCCAAGUCUUUGACGUUCUGGACGAACAUCAGACCCUGUGCUGAGUGUCUGGAUCCUCGCCCCUGCUGUGAUGGAGCAUCCCUACUUGCUGCCCCUCACUGUGGUUUUAUUGGGUUUUCUGAGCCAAAGUUUCACAAAACUGACACCCAGAGUUUCCUUCCCUACGGGGAUUCCUGGAAGACCUCUCACUCGCUUCAGUGGCCAUGACGUCAGCAACACCACCACAUUGCUGCUCAGUGAGAAUGGAGACAUGCUGUACGUCGGAUCCCGCAAUGCUGUGUUAGCACUGGAUGUUAGCCACAAGGACACUAUCGUACUGAGGAGUAAGCUCGACUGGAGCCCCUCAGAGAAGGACAUUGAGCAAUGUUCCAUGAAAGGCAAGAAAAUGGCUGACUGCCCCAAUUUCAUUCGUGUACUGCAGUUCUUGAACACCACCCACAUUUAUGCCUGUGGAACGUUUGCCUUCAGUCCACGCUGCACCUACAUUAACUCCGAGACAUUAACAAUGAGCCUGAAGGCGGAUGAAGGACGGGGUCGAUGCCCCUAUGACCCCUACCAGCGCAACACUGCUAUCAUCGUGGAUGGAGAACUUUAUACGGGUACGGUGGCAGACUACAGGGGGAACCGGCCCGUCAUCUCCCGUCACCUCGGCGAAGGCCGCCGUCUGGACCUCAAGUUGGAUGAUACGUUGGGAUGGCUGGAGGAGCCAACCUUCAUCAGUUCCAGCUUCAUUCCCGAUGAGGAGAAAAUCUACUUGUUCUUCAGUGAAGUGGGCCGAGAGUAUGACUUCAUCGACAAAUUUAUUGUUUCUCGCGUCGCUCAGAUCUGCAUGAGUGAUGUUGGAGGUCAGCGGACCCUGCAGCGACGCUGGACCACCUUUGCCAAGGCUCAGCUGUUGUGCCAAGUUGACAGUGAGCUGCCUUACAACGUGAUCCAGGACAUAGACACCCUCCCACCAGCAGAGGGAGCCCCUGCAGAUGACACGCUCUUCUAUGGCCUCUUCACCUCCCAGUGGUCUGUCAAUUCUGGACGUUCGGCAGUGUGUUCAUUUCGCCUUACCGACAUCAAAUCAGUUUUCUCUGGUAACUACAAAGUCCUGAACCGGGACACGUUGCAGUGGAGCACACGUGUUCAAGAAAAGAUCGCAAAUCCAGGAGAGUGUGGACUGCACAACGCAUCUGACAACGCCCUGCGCUUCGUCAAAGAAAACUUCCUGGCAGACGAGAGUGUGCGACCAGUUGGAAGACGUCUGACUCUGUUAUCUUCUGAGCACGACUAUAGCCAUCUGACGGUCCAGAGGGUCCAGGCCGCCAACAGCAGGGACUACACCGUCCUGUUCCUGCUGACAGAGUCUGGUUACCUACACAAAGCCGUCCUUCUACAAAGUGGGGCCCACAUCAUAGAGGAGGUCCAGGUUUUCGAGCAGCCUCAACUUGUCAAGAGCCUGAAGCUCUCCAUACCCACGGGAAUGAUAUAUAUUGGCACAUCUGAGGGUGUAGUACGCGUUCCAACAGCCAACUGCUCUUUCUACUGGACCUGUCCUCAGUGUGUUCUUGCCCGAGACCCCUUUUGCGGUUGGGACCCUGUGAGCAGGGCCUGUGUGGAGGCCUCCAAAACCCGGACCGGCCUAUGCCAGGACAUAGACAGAGGAAAUGUUAAAGAGGCGUGCAACACAGUUUCAAUGACGCACAGAGACCGAUUUGGUCCAAACAAACUGCCUGCAGGAGAACUGGUGUCCGUGUCCCUGAAUGAAGUGGUGCGGCUACAGUGUCCUGCAGCCUCGCAGCUCUCCCAGCAGCUGUGGGAGCGUCCAAACAGCCGGCUGCCUUCAGACUUGUACCUACACCUGGAGGAUGGGAGUCUUAGCUUUGUGGCAUCCCCCGCCACACUGGGUCAUUACCUCUGCCUGUCCACUGAGAACGGCUACCAACAAACUAUGGCCAUCUUUCACGUCAAACAGAAGAGCAGCCCCUUGACUCAAAUCCCAAACAUCUACGCUUGGCCUGAGACCCACCACACAGCCACCACAAAGAGUGUGGCCAGGACUGAUCCUGGACUACACACCUCUGUGGUGACUUGGCCUGAAACAACAGAAACAAGACAAGGAGAGACCGAGGCAACCCUGUCUAGCAGUCAAGUCACCACCAGGCUACGGAGCAGAAACAUGACCUUGUUAAGAGAGGAAUCUUGGCAGAGAGAGGCAGAGUUCCGGGACGGGGAGUCCCUCCUAUUGGCCAGGGGGCCCUGUUACCUUAAGGAGCUGGUGGUUGUUUCAGUUCUGCUGGUGCUCUGCCUCAGUCUGCUAAUAACCAUGGUUCUGUAUGUCAGCAGACAGCGCUGUCACAGUCAAACAGCCCCGCAGCCAGUAACUCCAACUAGAGAAUGUGACAGAAGGACCCCUGUGGAGCAGGAGGCUCUCAAAGGGAAUAUUUUUCUGAGCAAACCCAGUGGACAUGCUAGUGGACUAGUUUGUAAUGGGGCCCUCUCAGGCUCUAAUGGGCAUUUGCCUAACACCCCUAUCUGAACAGUCUCAGAUGAGAUCAGAGCUGAGGGAAGGACAUCCCAGGUACCAGAGUUACCACGGUCCAAGCUCAGUGGGAGAGUCUGUUGAAGACCGUUCAAGCACUGUGGACUCACAGGUAAGAUUCAGAUGUAAUAGGAUGAAAGACAAUCUUUCUGGUUUAUACCAAUGCAGACGGAUGGCUGUGGAAACAAGACUUUUUGUUGUUACCCAACACUAAAGCACAUGUCCACUGUUAUGUCCUGAAUUGUUUUUGUUUUCACCUACGACCACAUGAGACCAACUUGAAGAUAAUUGGUGAUCCAAUACAGUUGGUACUAAACAAUUUUUAUAGACCAGUGGGGGUUUGAUGCAAAAUCACUGACCGCCACAUAUAGAUAUAUUCAGCGGGUGAAAUAAGUAUUAGUAAAUAUAUUUCCAAAGGAGCUAUUGACAUGACAUUUCACCAGAUGUUAGUAACAGCCACUUAGAGUAAUUGGUCAAAUAUUUUAAACUGAGGUUGUAUUCGGUACUUAUGGUAAGUACAUGUUGUAUGGUUUGGAGAAACAAACUAAGGGAACUAAGUAAUGUACUUCUGCAAGGAGAGAGUGGCAAAACCCAUUCACCUUACCAAAAUCAAUAUUUUGAGUAUCUGGUGGCAGGGAAUUGAACUGAAAGGAAAACCUUUUCUUUUUCAGGUGGCUUUAAAGAAAGUAAACAACUCAGUUCCGUUCUAACAAUAUUCUGAAUAUUGCAUACACUGAUUUCACUUGUAUCCUAGGUGUCUUAAAUACAUUUUGCUGUAGCCCCUGUCCACCAUAGUACAUUGCUCUGUGCUCCUGUCUUUAUCUCCAAACUCCAUCUACCUCGCAAGCAUCACAACUAUCCCUUUAAAUUAAUUUAAUCCCUCUCAUACUAAAGAGAGAUGUUGGUCUAUGCUCAUCUCAGAAUCAGACAUUACACAGACAGGUCGACCAGACAUUGCUGUUAAUGCCACUCAGCUAAUUUGCUUUGACAAAUAAUAAACAUUUAAUACAAACAGAUUUUGAAGGAAACUUAAUAACAGGUUCUAAAAGCCCACUGAGUUAGGAUAAGUGGACUUGUUCAUCUUUGUUAGUUGGUAUUGCACACAUAAUAAGAACAUGCUUUGGCUCAUCACUAAUUGUCUACACACUGGGCCCUUUGAACACAUCAGUAGACAUGUCUCCAUGUAGAGCAUAUCAAAUACCACCAAGUUCAGAUUUCAUUUGUUAUUUGAAUUACAUCAAGUAAUAUUCCCUUUUAACCUUCUAACCCCUAUUAAUACUAUUAAAAUCUGAAAGAUUAUUAUAUUGUUUUUCAGUAGUAAACACAUCUGCAGUAAAUAUUGGUUUAUAUGAGGCUAAAAAGUCCUGUUCAUCUUUGAUCAAAUAUCAUUUUAUGUGAUUCGAUUUGUGACUCAGUUUUGUUAUGAAUAAAAAC